UGCAUUUUUCCAUUUAAAAUGACCUUGGAGAAAUAAAAAUAAGAUUUUCACUUACUGAUUAAACAGGUAGUAGCACCUGACUGACCUGGACUCAGAGGCUAAGCAGAAUCAAACCUGUUUAAUACUUAGUUGGGAGACCACCAAUUCACAGAGCUGUGAAUUGAACUGGAAACACAUGAAAUAUCUUAGAAGAAUUGUUACCAUGUUUACCAGAAAAAUACCUACGCAUGCUCAUGUAGUUCCCUGGGUUGAGCUCUCUUUGGAAACUUUAUAGCAAUUAAACUGGGUCAGAGUCUACAGCAGUAUUCAUUAACCUGGUGCCCUUUGGAUAUAAUCCUCAGCCAGCUUGGUUUCACUGUUCAUAAAAAGAUAAGGAACUGGUCAUGACUUUGGAAAUUUUCAGAAAUGGCUUACAAUGAGGGAUCCUUGGUACUCUCUGAGCUUGCUUGUUUUCUUGCAAACAUUUCAUUAACCUAACCACGAAGCAUCAGUUCUAGUAAGGAAUGCUGUUUGCUAUCAGUCUAUAUUCUGGGUGUUUUGCCUGUCUGUUUAGAGCUCUUGAAUCAUACAGAUUGCUUUCUUAUUUAACUUGAUAUGCCUAAAAAAGAUUUAUGGGUAGGAAUUGUUGAACCAGAUCCCACACCAACUGUUGACAGUGCAGGCAGCUGUGACAGUGUGAUCAGCAACAACUCCAGUUCCUUUGAAAUGAAUGACGGUGGCUUUGAUUAUCUAACAGUUGAAGAAAAAGAAUGCCUUAUGUUUCUUGAAGAAACUUUGCAUUCUUUAGAUGCUGAAGCAGACAGUGGAGUUUCUGCUGAUGAGGCAGAAGCUGUUGAACUUUCCAAACUUACAAGGACAUGGCCUACAAGAGAUGUCCCCAAAGAACUGGAUCCUGAUUAUCAUGGAAAGCAUAAACAAAUUGAUCCAAAAGGCAACACCUCUCUUUCUGGCUCAAUACCUGCUGCCAUCUUAAGUCCAGGCCACCACAGCCUUCCAAAAAAUAUCAUGGCAAAAAAUACUGUUCAUACUUCCAAGAUUUUUGUUGCCGAAGCACCAGAAACUAAUGCUGAUGAUCUGAAAACUCUCCCUCCAUUACAUCCAACUUUAUGGGACUCUUCUAAGCAUGGAACAUUGGACAUAUUGAAAGAAGUCCCUGAGAUAGGUACUCAGGGAAGAAUCUCUGAGCUGGAAUCAGUAGUAAUUCCACCUCCUGAACCAUUCCAAGACCAGAGGAAGAGCCAUCUUUUAAUAGAGCAUGAAUCAAUCCUUACUGAUUCUUGGAAACAUGCCGAAAAUGGGGCAACAUCUCAUUAUGAAAGUAAGGGGAACCAAGGUGUAAUGGAAGAAUAUGAGGCAAGAGCUGUGAAACAAGAAUUCCCACCAGAGAUGAUGGAGACAGCAGCUGGAAAUGAAUCCUUUCUGAAAUCUGUCUCUCCUAAAUGUAACAAGAAAAGUUCUGAGCAAAUUGUUAAUCAUCAAGAAAUUGAUCACAAACAUAUAUUGGAAGAAUCUCAGUUGGAUUCUAGUUUCAAGCAAGGCCCUCCUAUUGCCCCCAAACCCAGAAAAUUGCCCCCAAAUAUUAUUCUCAAAACCAGCAAAAAUAAUGUUGCGCCACUUAAUAUAGAUCCAACACAUAAGAUAAAAGCAUCAUUGCCAUUCAGCGGGAGGCCUAGAGCUGCAACUGGUGACUUUUCUAUGGAUAAAACCUAUGCUCUCCAAAAAGAACAAGGGAGGGCAAGGAGGGAGGCUCUUGAGAAACUGGGACUCCCUUUGGAUAAUGAAAAGAAUCCAGAUGAUCAAGUGAUCAAAACUUCUAUUUACUCAAAAACAAGAGAAACGUCCUACACUGGCAGUAGGGAGAAUGUAAACAUAGAUGACAUUACUCUUAGUAAGAAAUGUGUCCAGCAGUCUGACCAAACUGAUGUCAAAGAAGUCCAACCAACAGAGAUUAGCAUUCAAAGGAUCAAACAAGCAAAUUUCAAAUCUAACACACUGGAACGAUCUGGUGUAGGUCUGAGCAGCUUGGGCACUUCUGGAAGUGAGGGUGAGAACUUAAAGAACAAUAAAAGAUCUUUUCUCAGCAAGAUUACUCCAAAUUUUCUCAGGAAUAACCGGAUGCGCCCAGCAUCUCUUGGCACAGGAAAAGAUUUUGUUGAUCUGAAGGAAAACAAACAGCAUCAUGUUGAGUGGGACAAAGGUCAUGAGCGACGAUCUUACCCACUUCAGCACCCUUCCAAGCUUCCUAGGCCAGCAUGUGUUAGUGUAAAAAUCACCCCUAAAGGGGACACAGAAGAACACAGAAAGGAAGCUUUAAAAAAGCUUGGCCUAUUGAAGGAACAAACUUAAUAGCUGACUUAAUGCAAAGACUGUAUGUUCAGCUUUGGUUAACAUAUAUAUUUAAUAUACUCUUCUCUUUUUUUCAUCCCAAUGGAGAAAUUGAAGCUUAUAUUAUACCUAUCAAGAUUUUGUAUAACAUGUGAAUAUUGAUGGGUGGAUUAACACUGAUAAAAAAUUCAUUCAAUUAAUUCUGCCAUUUAUUAUACAGUACACUUCCCAUCAACAAAGAAAUUUUCCAUUCCAACUGUAUAGAAUGCAUUUGUGUAUAUAUGUGCAAAGAUUUGACUAUUGUGAUGUGUAAAUAAAUGAUUCUAAGUGGUAGAUAUGUUUGCUUUAAGGGGGCAAUCUAAAAUGUUAGUGUUAAUUGCCCGGGGCAAACCAUGAACUUUUGAAAUAUUGUACAGACUUGUAUCAUGACAAUAGCAGUAUGGCUAGAAAUAUUUAGUCAAUAUUGAGCUGCAGUAGUAGUAUGUUGGUUCCUUUUUAAAUGACUGGGCCUAAUGUAACCUUGCUCACUGAAACCAGCAGUACUAAUUUGGCUAGUAUAUGUGGAUCAUUCAGCAUCGGUUUAAUGAAUGAAUAAAGAAUACAUUGCAUAUAAAUGUGGAAAAUGAAGAAAAUGACCAUUCACUUAUAAAUUGGCUUCACAUUCUAAAUUAAUAAUUAAUAAAAUAUAGAUGCUAGAAAUAAAGUGGAUUUGACCCACUUUAGAUUUGCCACACCUAUUGUACGUGAAUUGAUUAUUGCUGUAUUCAAAUUUAAAAUCACACAUCUAUUUAGAAUGGAAUGUAUGAGGGCAUGCUUCCAAAAGAUUGAGUAAUAAACUUUUGUAUGGAAAAAGGUUGGGUUUCUUUCUGCUUAGUAAAACCAUCUUCUUGUAAGAAUGAAAUACAAAUAUAUUAGGUUAUAAGCUACAAAAAUUUCAGUAGUACAAACUUAGUCCUUCCUUUUCCUAUGAAAACAGUGGCAAGUAUAUUAAACAACUGAGAUUAAAUAUUAGGAGGUGUUGUGCAACUGAACUGCUCAACCAAACCUCAUUCAAGAGCAACAGCAGCCCCACAAUUCUGAAAUCUAAGAUUUUGAUAGAGAGUAGAAGCAAACCAUAGGUCUGUGAUAUGUGUUCUCCAAAGCUUUUAUUUUAAAAAAUUGUGAUUUUUAUGAAUUGUCAACAUUUAAAAAUGUCUCUUGAUGGUACGUAGAAAUGAACUAUACAUUAAUUAUAUGCAUGGUUUUUUUUUAAAGAAUCUCAUUUUUUGGCACACAGUAAUUUUCUAACAUACUAACAUAGAAUAUUUAUUAGAAUAUUUAGAAUUAGAAUACACACAUACACAUAUACACACACACACAUGGACAGCAUUCCCCAACCUUUUUGGCUUUAUGGACCAAUGUGGGAGGAGAGGGGGUGGUUUUGUGCAAGUGGGAUGGCAUCCCUUCCACUCGCACAAAUGAAGCUUUGUGUGCAUGCUCAAUCGCUACUUCUGGUUUUAAACAGGUCAUGGCUAGAUAUUGGUCUGGGGUUUGGGGACCCCCAGUUUAGGAUAUG